CAGGACCGAGGUGGACAAAGACAGACAGCAUCUCUGCAGGACGAUCAGGUGGAGAUGAAGCUGACCGUGUUGUUGUGGCUCGCCACGCUGCUUGGCGCCGUCCUCCCUCGCUCGGCUGACUGUCGACCCGCCAACCUGCUCCUCCACCCGCCACUGCUGCUCCACCUGGGGGAGGAGUUCUCCCUCCGCCUGGGAGGAGGUGCACGACCCUCCUCCUCCUCCUCCUCCUCCUCCUCCUCCUCGGCGGUGAACCGAGCUCUGGUGCAGCUGGCACAGCGCCUCCUGCAGGCAGAGCAACAGCAGCAGGAGGAACAGCAGGAGGAGGGUGGGGAGAAGGGUAAGCGGGCGGAGGAGCCUCCCAUCUCUCUGGACCUGACCUUCCACCUUCUGCGGGAGGUGCUGGAGAUGGCGCGGGCAGAGCAGAUCGCUCAGCAGGCCGACAGCAACCGCAAGAUGAUGGACAGUUUCGGAAAAUAACUAAUUGACUUAUUGUUUUUAUUAUUUCAAUGUUUCAUAUUCAAAUCUGCUGACAUUUCAUCUGUUUAACCUGCAUCAGUACAGAAACGUGGAUAUUUUAUGGAAGAUGAAACUAUUAUAUUAUGAUUAAUAAAUACAUGAAUAUUCAAAUGAUUUUUAAAG